UCGCCCUAUGGGCUCAUUGAUUUUUCUCUGUUUGCACAUUUUCCUCGGCAGUUUUGUGUGCGACGUGCAGUGUUGUGUCCAAGGUAUUUGGCCAUUUAUCGGGAAUCAAGACAAAUAAUGCAGUUAAUUGCUGUGGGAGUAUUUAUAAGUCUGGUGUUCGGAUGCAGCGCAGCCAUAAGUGGACCGUAUCUGUUUUGGGGUCACGAAAAGUUGUACGACUUGCAGCCGCAGGCAUUGGUCGAUGCCAGUAGCAGGGAGCCGCAGCUGACGCAACUGUUCAAGGAUGUCAAGGCAAUUAUAAUAUUUGUGCGGAACGCCACCAGUCGACUGGAGGGCACCAAGUAUCCAAAGUUUGAAAAUCUGGUGAAGAAUAGCGCCUGGUCAUACUUGCCGCAGCGCAACCUGGCCGCAGAGCCCUUCACCUACAACGCCAACAUUGAGGUCAUUAACCUAACGGGUCUGAGCGAGGAGGACGACGCUGAGCUGCUGACGGGCUACAACGAUGCAUUGACCAUCUAUGGUCAGGGUCAAGUGUUGGGCAUCCUAGCUAGCCGUGAGGAAGAGGUUCAUUAUCUGGCCAAGCGUGAGGCCAAGGACGAGGGCAAGGAGCAGAAAGCUGAUCCAGGUGCAAAUACAGCACAGCAAAACACCACUGAAGCGGAAGACACUUACGUCUACAUAGCCGAGGGCAACAAGGCGGUCCUCGUUCUGAACGAUCCACCCGAACUGCAGCUGGGCAAUGAGACGCUGUUGUUGAAGGAGCAGAACACGCACACCACCUUCGAUGAUCAGCGCGCCAAGGGCUAUGGUCGUCUAAGCAUAACCUUUAUGAACAACCUCGAAAAGUGCGCAUUGCGCUUUAAGUUCUCGCUGGCUCGCGGCACUUGGCAUCUGCGCAACGUCGAGGUGGAGUACAAGGAAAGCAAGACUGUGCUGCCGGCUAGGGGCAAUGAGUAUACGCUGCCAUCGGCACCGAUUGGCUUCUCUUAUCGCUGCUCCUCGGAGAAGCUGAUAUUCGCCAAUCCCAGCAAAAAUGAUACGCAAAUGAUUCUCCUCCUGUCCGAUUAUCAGGUGCAGCCCUGGUUGAAUGGAAACCAUAAAUUCGGUGCUGUCUACGACUGCGUUGGCUUCAUCUCGGUUCCCAUAUUGGCUGGUCUGCUCGUCUCGGCCUUUCUGCUUGCCAUACUCGGACUGGGCAUCACCGCCCUGAUGAGCAUCCAUUCACCCAAUCGCUUCGAGAGCUCACGCAACAAGCAGCUGACUUUCACCGUUCAGGAAUAAAGAGUCAUCCUGGCCUUGAUCCUGAGCACGCCAAAUAGACAAAAAUGUUCGUCUUGAUUACCUUUAUGCCCGCUAAUCCUCUGGCCCUGUUAACGUUGGCCAUCGAGAUGAUUCUCAUCCACUUACUCUUUGUGCUCAUCAUGCUCUAUAUCUAUGUUUUAUGGUAUUACUAAAGUUAUGCACACAGGCGCUUCAAAUAUUAAAAAUAAUAAUUACACAUAUAUAUGAAUAAUA